CCCUCAGUAUUACUAGGAAGUCCACCAGGCCCUUUCAGCAGCGUACACUGGAAAGGUUCCUCCUUGAUUUAGGGAGUCGUCUUCCUGUGAGAACAGCGAGUUUAGUUCUUAAAAAACGAAAGUGAAACAGAACAUCAGCACCGCCGUCUCUCUGUUUCUUCCCUUUUUCACCACCGACCUCGGCGCGCUGCCAGAUUGCGAAUCGCCCCUUUGGAAGCAAUGUCGAUCCUACGUUAUAACGUCCGUUUGCCCAGUUUGGGGCGUUUGACAUUUUGGAAUUACCUCAGCGCCUUCAACCUGCGCCCUCGCCGGUGCUUGACAGCCGUAGCCGUCGGUAUUGUGGGCACGUUGUGGUUGUGGUACAAGACGCGGAAACCCCCCGGAGUCCACGACGAGGCUCGGCCGAGCGACGGCGACCCCGAGGAAGUCCUGUCAGAGGUGGUCACCGAGAAGUCUGACUCUGAUUCGGUUUCCGAGGGCCCAAAGAACGGCAAGAGAGCCGCCGACUGCAGCGUAGACAUCGCCGAAUCGCAGAAAAGGCCGAGGACCGAGGAAGAGGACAGUGAGGAAUCUGACGGCAGCGAAUGUGCGGCGAGUGAGGACGACGACUUCUCCUGCGAGUACGACUCCACCUGGGAGACGUCGUCGCCCACCGCCGUGUCCCACAGGACCGAUCGCCGGGAGUCCGAGCAUCGAACGUUUUGGAUAUUCAAACAUGCCGCAAGAGACAUGCAAAACUACCGACAUGAUUACACGCACAAGCCAGCCCGCCAACACUGGAACCAGAAAGUAAGGGUGGAGGGGGAUGACAUGGCUAAUUUGAACUUCUACUUGGGGAAAACACCUUCAGCUCCUGAUGGAGUCUUCAUUGACGAGUUCCACAGUGAAUGGUAUGGGAAGUACAACAAACUGGAGCGGGUUCAUACUUUCAUUCAAUGGUUGUUUCCACUUCAAGAGCCAGGAGUAAACAAGGAAGCCAGGGAACUGACAAAAAGAGAAAUUAAGGCAUUCCUUGAACAUGACAUCGCAAAGGAAAAUUUGCUGAAGUCCUACAAGCUCAUGCUGGACUUCUACGGUAUUGAGCUGUCCAAUGAGGGAACUGGCGAGGUCCAAAGAGCAUCAAACUGGGAAGAAAGAUUUGGCAACUUGAAUAGUAACACCCACAACAACCUGCGCAUCACCCGUAUUCUGAAGUGCCUGGGGACUUUGGGGUUCAGUCAUUACCAAGCUCCCUUGGUCCAAUUCUUCCUGGAGGAGACUCUUGAGCAUGGAAACCUUCCAGAUGUCAAGGAGAGCGUGCUCAACUACUUCCUGUUUGCUGUCCUUGACCGGACAGAACGUAGGAAACUUCUCAAGUAUGCCUUUCUGAACUAUGAGCCGAAAGAAGAAUUUGUGUGGUGCCCAAAGAAGAUCCAAUUGACAUGGACAACGAAGGCAGGGAUUCCGUAUCCCACCCAACCACUGCAGGCGACGGUCCAAGAUUACUGUGAAGAUGGUUACUCUUCCAACACUGACUAUGUGUGAUGAGAAAACAGAGAGAGGGCUAAAACAAACUGUAUUUGCUAUCUGCACAGUGAAAAAGCCACUUCAGCUGACUGGCUGCACACACAAGAGCACAACCUUGUGUUGCUGUUAAGCCCACUGAGGCAAAUUUGUGAUAUUGGGCUAUACAAUUGAACCUUGAAAGUCAGAGACAUUUAGUUGCAUCAGCAUUCAUGGUGUCAUUUCAUCAAUACUAUUGAGGUUUUGAUUCAGAAAACAUUUUACGAACCAAAUAAUUCCUUAUUGAGAGAGGAUAGUAUAGACAGAAGAGUCAAUGUGAUUGAGAAAUAUAGAAAAAAAUUAUCUCCCACCGAGGACCGCCGGGUACAAAGACAAACCAGCAGGCUUGAGAUGAAGCAAGUAAAUAUACAAAUUUUAUUUUAGAAACUGUCCAAUAUCUGUUUUUUUUGUUGUUGUUUUUUUUGGGGGGGGGGGUGAGUACACAAGUGACCAGCGAAAAUACCUAAUAGUCUUUGGGAGCCUAUGGAAAUUUGCCACAGCCAGAAUAAUCCAAUUUUAGAAUCCACUAACUAAAGAGAUUUUUUUUUUCUUUUGAGAUACUUUAUUAAUCCCUGUGGGGAAAUUACGCUCUACAUUUAACCCAUCCUAGCUGUGUAGCUAGGAGCAGUGGGCAGCUGCCGUGCAGCACAUGGGAACCAACUCCAGUGCUUUUCCCACUGCCUUGGUCAGAGGCACAGAGGUAUUAACCCUAACAUGUAUGUCUUUUUGAUCGUGGGAGGAAACUGGUGCACCCGGACAAAACCCACCGCAGACACGGGGAGAACAUGCAAACUCCACACAGAGGAGGACCUGGGAUUACCCCCAAGGUUGGACAACCCCAGGGUUUGAACCCAGGAUCUUCUUGCUGUGACCACUGGGCCACCAUGCCGUGAUUUCGGUGCAGGUCAGAUCAGCAGAGAGAAGAACAGUGAUAAUCUAUUAUGUGCUAAUAAGGAGCUUAUAAAUCAAAGACAUUCACUUGUAACCCCCCCCCCCCAAUCACUUAAUAAACGUUGUG